CAUGUGUCAAUUUGACAGUUGCUACACAACUUGUGAAAAUCACGUUUUAACUUUUUACGAAAAGUUUUCGUAGAAAACCACGGUUCUUGUUCCUUCCUGAAAUAUAGUUUAUCUUAAAACUUGCUACUUUAGACAAAUUAAUUUACUACCAUAAAUGGCUACCGGUAAUAAAGUCGAUAUCGGAUUUUUAGAAGAAAAGAGCAGUUGGCUCCUGCAUCCAAAAUUUUUUCCCAGUAAAGUAGGUGGAAAACCAGCAUGGUUGGAUCUGAAAGAUUUGCCAAAUCCAAAGGAACUCACUUGCAAUAAGUGUGAUGAUCCAUUAGUCUUUCUCUGUCAGAUAUACGCACCAUAUGAGGAGACCAGUAACGCUUUCCACAGGACAGUGUUUUUAUUUGUAUGCAGAAAUGGGUCAUGUUGUCAAACGAAUGCAUCGGAUAGUUUCAAAGUGUUACGCUGUCAGCUACCAAGGAAAAAUGACUAUUAUUCAUUUGAGCCAUAUGAAGAAAUAGAGACUCAUGAUUUUCCAAUGGAUGACUGGCCUAAAUUGUGCGAUGUCUGUGGUUUAAGAGGACCUUCACAUUGUUCUAAAUGCAAGAAAACUUAUUACUGCAGUCGAAAACAUCAAAUACUUGAUUGGCAAAAAGGUCAUAAGCAAGUUUGUCCAGAUUUGCAGACAACUGACAAGAAACCCAACAAUUUUGUAGUUACUGAGGCAGGAAAAUCGUUACUCUUCAAAGAAUGGGAACUUAUAGUAGAUGAAGAGGAUGAGGAGGAUUCAAAAGAUGUAGACGUUGGUGAAGAAAUGGAUAAAUUGAGAAAAUUAAUGCAAGAAAAAAGAGCUGGCACAUUAAGCAAUGUCAGUGAAGAUGAACUGGAACAGUACACAAAAACUAUGCCAGAAGAUAAAGUUUUCAAUAAAUUCAGUAAAAGGGUAGCUAGGCACCCAGACCAAGUUCUCAGAUAUGACAGAGGAGGUCAUCCACUGUGGAUCACUGGUAACUCUGGCAACAGUCUAGUCAAUGUGCCUAAUUGCCAAUAUUGUAAUGGAGAAAGACAAUUUGAAUUCCAGAUCAUGCCACAACUUCUCAACUUUAUUGGUGUUGGCAUAGAAAUCAACAGCAUUGACUGGGGAGUACUUGUAGUGUACACGUGUAAGUCUAGUUGUGAUCAAGGGCCAGCAUACAAGGAAGAAAUUAUUAUAAAACAAGAUUUAUCCAGUUAAACAACAUAAUUAUACUAUCAUAAUAAAGUUAUCUACAAAUCUA